CCCAGGUGGCGUGAGCUACCAGCUAUUUUCUCCGAGAGACUGUAGGCUUGGGUAGUUCACCCUCAAGCACUGCGGACAUCCUGAGUCGUGAUCUAAAGGGUGAAUUCGUCUGGUUGGUUUUGGAGCCGUGGAGCUGCCACCAUGGCUUUUUACGAAUAUGUCACGAAAGAGCAACUCGCAGGUUUCGAUAAAUACAAGUACAGUGCCGUGGACACCAACCCACUGUCCGUUUACGUCAUGCACCCCUUCUGGAACUCUGUUGUCAAGAUCAUGCCAAGGUGGUUGGCCCCAAACCUCAUCACGUUUACAGGGUUUAUGUUCCUGGUGUUGAACUUCCUCAUUCUGUCCUAUUACGACUUUGACUUCUACGCAUCAGCACAGCUACAUGUCCACGUGCCCAGCUGGGUCUGGGUGUCUGCAGGCAUCUUCAACUUCCUGGCCUACACAUUGGACGGCGUGGAUGGCAAACAGGCUCGGCGCACCAACUCCUCCACGCCCCUGGGGGAGCUGUUUGACCACGGGCUGGACAGCUGGGCGUGCGUGUUCUUUGUGGCCACGGUGUACUCGGUGUUUGGGCGCGGCGACACGGGCGUGAGCGUGGUGACACUCAACUACCUGCUCUGGGUGGUGCUCUUCUCCUUCAUCCUGUCCCACUGGGAGAAGUACAACACCGGCGUGCUCUUCCUGCCCUGGGGCUACGACGUCUCGCAAGUGACCAUCUCUAUCGUGUACAUAAUCACAGCGGUGGUUGGCGUGGAGACAUGGUAUGUGCCCUUCGUCUGGAACAUCCAAUACAGAGACCUCUUCACAGUCAUGAUUGCAGGUUGCGCCUUCACCGUGACCCUUCCCAUGAGCCUCCUCAAUGUUCUGAAGGCUUACCGCAGUAACACGCUGAAGCACAGCUCGGCGUACGAGGCCCUGCUGCCCUUCCUGUCCCCGCUGCUGCUCUUUGUGCUCUCCACCCUCUGGGUGGCGCUGUCCCCCAACGACAUCCUCCAGCAGCAGCCCCGCAUCUUCUUCCUCAUGGUGGGCACCGCCUUCGCCAACGUCACGUGUAAGCUGAUAGUGUGCCAGAUGAGUAAUACGCGGUGCCAGCCCCUGAGCUGGCUGCUGGUGCCCAUGGGCGGGCUGGUGCUGCUGGUGGUGUCCGGUGUGGUCACGCACAGCGAGCCCCUGCUGCUCUACCUGUGGACCGCCGCCGUCAUCCUCGCACACGUGCACUACGGCGUGUGUGUGGUUCACCAGCUGAGUGACCACUUCAACAUCUAUGCAUUCUCGCUAAAGAAGCCUAACUCGGACUGACAGGAGGAGGAGAAAAUCGGCCUGACGGCUGCGGAGGUCUAAGCUAUCCCAGCAUUCUCCUUAGCAGCUCGCCGACACGUCACCCAUCACCAUGGAGACACGCGUACCCCUGCCCUAACCAGAACUAAAAUGAAAAUGAAAAACUAAAUGUUUUUUUUUAAGAAAAAACAAAACAAAACAACUAAAGACUACGAAACCAACGUAACUAAACUCAGCUCCACACAGCCCAGGGAUGGAGCUGAACCACAGGACCCAUGUCUCACCAGGACUGCGCUGCAACUAAAGGAGCCACGUGUCCCCAGCACAGAGCUGCGUCACAGGGACCUCCUUAUGUCCCCAGCAAGGAGCUGCACCACAGGACCUAUUCACCAUCAGGCCAGAGCUGCACCACAGGAAACCUUGUGUCCCAAGCACGGAGCUGCACCACAGGACCUAUUCAUCACCAGGCCAGAGCUGCACCACUGGAUCCACAGGUCCUCAACACGGAGCUGCAUCAGGAGACCCUGUUCCUCCACAGCAAGGGCCUGUUCCUCCGUUGAGGGAUCUCCGUGCCUAGAUGGAGAUCUUCGGUAUAGGCCUCCCCCAGGGCCGGUCGGGUCUGGUUUUGGUUCACUUUGGUUCGGUUCGGUUCGAUCGGGUCCAGUACCUCCACGAUUCCUCUAGCCACCAGGCUCUGAAUUCAGUGAAGCCCCAGAGAUCUGCUUGUUUCCUAAGGAAAUGUGCUUCCAGCUGAGAUAGUAGGAGCCUUUGGUUAUACUGCUGCUGUUGCUGCUACUGCUGCUGCUGCUGCUGCUGCCACAAACCCCACUGUGUUAAUGGUGAAAUUACUUACACACACACACACAAACAUACACACACACACACACACACACACACACGUUCAGAAGCUCAUUUGGGAGUUUUGUAUAUCUAACACACACAAAUGCACUCACUUGAACGCACCCACAUAUCUGUAUCUACAACAACUUGAAUGUCCAGUACAUUAAUGCCUUGUGGGGGUAAUGGGAGCUCUUUUUUUGGGGCCUAUUUGUUUUCGUCUUCUAACCUCAUGUUUGACCCACUGAUGGCUCUGAUGUCAGUGUACAUACAGUACAGCGACUGAAUGACACACACACACACACAUACGCGCACAAACACACACAGGCGCGUGCGCACGCACACACAUACACACACACUCUUGAUCAGUCCAUUUGAUGUGGCCAGUGGGAUCCUUACUGAAUAUCUACUUACCAGACUGGGAGUAUAUUAUUUUUGUAUACGGGACACUGGGGGAACCCAGGGAGUUAUAACUACAUCUUGCAGCUUACAAGUUGAACCGUUACCAAGCAAAGGUUUGAGAAUUGACACGAGUCCUCGUUUUCUUUCCCCGCAACUUGAAGACUGUCCUCUUCACCUGAACUAAUGCCAGUGGAAACUGUCUCAAACUCGUCAACCAAUCAAGGACCAUAACGAAGAACCAGAGGUUAAUACUGUAUCUCUCUCUCUCUCUCUCUCUCUCUCUCUCUCUCUCUCUCUCUCUCUCUCUCUCUCUCUCUCUCUCUCUCUCUCUCUCUCUCUCUCUCUCGCUGUGUGUGUUAAGCAUGGGAUUAUGGGUACUGACCUUUGACCUGACUACUGUACAUGGGAUUCUGGGCUUUUAUUAUUUUCUAUCUCAUUCAUUUGGCAAAAAAUAUUUUCCUUUAUUUUAGGUGGUGAUGUGUCAGCAUGCCGAUUUUCAGUUGAUUCUUUCUUUCUUUUUUCUUCUCUUCUUUGCUUCUGUCUUUCUUUUUCUCCUCCUCUGUCUCAUUAGUGGGCUUUCAUUGAGUUUAUCUACGCUUAAAUGAUGAGUGCGCUUCAAACCCUGUCCAGGAGAGGGCGCACUCUGAGUCGAUCAAGCCGUAGCGGGCUUGCACUGUUCUGUAAACACGAUAAAGCCACUAGUACCCUUUUGGGAGUGACCCGAACGUCUCAGACGUCUCCUGUGAAAAGCAUUGCACCGGUGACGUGUAAAUGUCUACGUCCAAUGUGCAUAGCGGGAUGAGUGUGAGCUGUUUGGGACCUCCUUUUUUUUUUUUAAUCUUUCUUUUAAUUGUUAUUGUUUUGUGGUUUUUUUUUUUUUUUUUUUUGCUUGAUUGCAUCUAGGUUCUUGCCUUUUUUUCCUUUUGACUUUUUCUUUUUGCUCCUGUUUUAGGUAAUAUAAAUUAUGUUUGUUUUCUAUGUUUGUGAAUGUGUAUGGUUGGUUAUGAAAGUGUGUGUGUGUGAGAGGUUGUGAAUGUGGAUAGAGCGAGUGAUGUCAGUGGACAUGUGAAAGCUUUCAUGCAGGGUUCAGAGAAAUCUUGGAUUUAGAACACAUAUAUAUGCAUGUACACACACCUUAGUAUGCACUACACAUGCCAGCGCCUAUACACACACACACACAUACAUUCACAGCCAUCAAUAUUUCCUUUUUCUAGCUCUUUUACAUAAACCCAUUUUCACUCAGGCACUCUUUUUUUCACACACACAAACACCUGAACCGGAUUCCUCUGAGCCUUUUUUUCUUCAUUGGCACUUUACUCCCUGUUGCCAUAACAUUAUCCUCAGUUGCGUGUGUGCAUGUGUGCGUGUGUGUGUGUGUGUGUGUGUGUGUGUGUGUGUGUGUGUGUUGCAUAUAUAUACUGUAUUAUAUUCUUUUUUUUUUCUACGUUUCAGUUCCUUCAGAUCCAAAUGACCUUACUUUCUGACUGACCUCUUUUUUUUUUAUUUUAACGUGUUGUUUUGUGACCAAAACAAUAGUUCAUGUCCAUACUCAAACUCCUAGUAUACUUUCAGGCAGUGCCCAGCCUAACACCCUUAGUGGAAUUUCAAGGGACUAAACGUACAGUUUAAAAGUGUACAGACUAAAAAUCGAUUUUCCAGUAAUUAAAUAUUUAUCUGUAACCAUUUUGAAAAGGUCACCAAGUAUUUAUUUGAUGGUCUUGCCAUAAUGGAACUAUUCUUGACACCACUAGUAAUUUGAUAUGUCCAGUAUGGCGCUGUAAUGUGUUCCGUGUGAUGUCUCUGAACGAACAUUUCCAUAAUGCUGAUGGUAUGUUGAUGUGUAAUGGAGGAUUUUCGACAUUGUGUGGUGGAAAAGUGCAUUCCGCCUAGCGAUUUCUGACCCCUCUGCUCACCACGGACAGGAGAGGAUGAGCACAUUCCCGCAGCGGGAAUCCCGCUUCCCACCACAAGGGGGCAGUAGUACACCGCGUAGCCUACAGUGACUGUGUUAUACGACGAUUAGAGGAGACUUGUGAGAUUGAUCAUCAUGUUUAUGGUGUAGAACAUGGGGAGACUAAUUGAUAAAAAAAAAAAAGAAGAAUUAUUAUUUUAAAAGUUGUGUAUUUAUCUUUAAUGUAAAUCAGUAACUCUGUUUACCAUUAUGACAAGGCCGCUCAUUCUCUCUGCCAUGGUUAGUUGAGGGAAGCAUGGACAACGUCGAAAGAGACGUUUUCUCUGUGUGGGAGACUUAUAACUGUACCAGGUGCAUAUUCUGAAUGUGAACGGUUAUAGCCUAUAGAUCGUUAUUUUGUUGUCAAUGCGGUAUGCUUGUUGUUUUUCGUUUUUAUUUUUGUUUCUUUUUAUCGGUGGUUCACGUCAAUACAGGUUUUUUUUCUUUAUUUGAAGAAUACUCCUGCAUACCGAUGUGAUGAUGCUUGUUAUAGCCUAACUGUAUGAUGGUAAAAAUGGCAACUGUGAAUCCGUACAAUCAUUUGUUAUUGUUUUUUAAUCUGCGUCUGACUCUGACAUGGGAGUGUAGCCGUCAGCCUCUUAACCACUGUCGCCCAAAUAAAUGUAGCUUCGUGUGUGGGAUACUGGAAUACACAUACCAGAAACAUAACAAGGACUACAACAGUAUCAGAGUUAUCGACCUACUGUAACAUUUGAAUAAAUAAAUGGACCUAAGCUG